GUGCAGUCAGCUCGACCCCGCCAAGCCCAUGACAACAUAACCCAUAUCAAGCAAAUCCUCGACUUGAGCCGCCAUACACAUCCCAAAUCUACGAUAUCCCAACCAUCCAAUAUAUCAGACUGUAAUUUUACGGGCUUUUCGAAUUCUCCAGUGUGCCCAUAUCUCCUAUACUGUUUCAAUCAUGGCACAGGAUCCACGGGUCCUACUGCAGAAGGCAGAUAAAGCGCUCCAAAGCGCUUCAGGUGGAUUCAGUCUUUUUGGCGGACGAACAGAGAAAUAUGAAAAUGCUGCAGACCUCUAUUCACAAGCCGCCAAUGCCUUCCGGGCACAGAAGAUGAAUAAGGAAGCGGGCAUGGCGUUUGAGAAAGCAGCAGCUGUUUUCACCAACAACCUCAACGAACCAGACGACGCGGCCAACACCCUCACUGAGGCGUUUAAAGUAUACCGAAAGGCGGAUCCCGAAGAUGCCGCCCGCGUGCUGCAGGUUGCUAUUCAACAUUACAUUUCUAAGGGAAACUUCAGACGGGCUGCGACCCAUCAACAGAACUUGGCUGAAAUAUACGAGGUGGAAAUUGGCGAUGAAGGACGGGCGUUGGAAGCCUACGAGAAGGCCGCGGAAUGGUUUGAAGGAGAUAACGCGGAAGCGCUGGCGAACAAGCAUUAUCUCAAAGUCGCAGACCUUGCCGCGCUCAAGGGGGAUUACUACAAAGCCAUCGAGCACUUCGAGCGUGUCGCCAAAUCCUCUAUUAACAAUAACCUGAUGAAAUAUUCCGUAAAGGACUAUUUCUUGAAAGCUGGCAUCUGCCACCUUGCGUCAAAUGACCUCGUCGCCACCAACCGCGCUCUGCAAAACUACCGAGACCUAGAUAACUCGUUCACAGCGACUCGCGAACACAUGCUCCUUGUCGAUCUAGCGCAAGCUAUUGAGCAGGGCGACGCGGAGUCCUUUGGCGACAAGCUAUUCCAAUACGAUCAGUUAAGCAAGCUCGAUAAGUGGAAGACGGCGAUAUUACUCCGUAUCAAGAAUAAUAUCGAAGAGCCUGGGGAAGAUUUUUCAUGAGAUUUUACCUGUUUCGUUGCUGUUCGCCUUUUUCUUUCCCCUCCCUUAACUCAAUUCCACGAUUUCUAUCGUCCUUUCCAUUUUUUUAUUUUUUUAUUUUUUAUUUUUUUUUUUCAUCGUCAAACAUUUCCAUCCAUCCUCUCUUACCCACGGAGCCGUUCCUGCGGCUUUAGGUUUCUCCCGUUCCUCCAAUUCCUUUCGUAUUUACAUCUAAGCAUAGGACUUCUGAUCGUGUAGAAGGUUAUCUUUCCCCUCGUUUUCCCUUUACCUUAAUUUUGGAAUCCCAGAGGGGUACAAUAAUAGCCAGGAGGUCUUAGGGUUUUAUGAGGUAGUGUUGCGUGUUAGGUUAGGAAUGACUUUCGUAUGUAUGGGUGAAUACGCCCCUUGUUCUUGUGCGGAUUAUAUCCUCGAUGAUAUAUGAAAUAUAAAUAUUAACUUAAAGGGACAUUUUACAUUUUCAGUCUCCUGUUUAAUUCUCCCAAGUCAGAUGUCAUCAUGAGUUACGACUUUGAAGUAGGGUGAAGGGAACAAAUAUAUGACCUUAAUUUGUCUAGAUUUUGGUAAAUAUCCAGUUAUCAUUCUGUAGCGAGAUCCUUGUCUCCUUACCAGGGUGGCAUAUCAUAUCCAGGGGGUAGUGAGUUGGCUAUCAGUAGAGGAGAAAAGGCACAGAAGAGCAAUCCAUGGUCAAAUUUGAUUCACUUAAAUAUUCUGAUUGUCCAGCUCUCCCUAUUGCUAAAACUCUCUUUCCUGUUCACAAUUUCAGAUUAGACAUCUCCCCUCCAAUUUAGUUUCAUGCGACGCUUUUUCUUUUCUCCACAUUCCUGAGCAAAAAACAAUUUCAAAAGUAGCAAAUACCUCCCAUAGGAACCGUCUUCCCCAUUCGUUCCAACAAGCUGUCCCCAUCCUAAAUUUAGGUAGCCCCCUAUUCAUUUUAAUAUGGUAACGGGAAUACACCCUUCCAUUUUCGAACCAAGCAAAAAGAAAAAAGAAAAUCACUGUCACCACGCUCUGCUAGUUUGCAAGUUUAGUUUGACCCAAACUUACCUACUCCAAAGAUACUGAAAUUGACACACGGCCGUUCCCACUAGGCACCAGGAAUUCAGGAUACUCCUUCGCCGCCAGCAACUUAACAACGGCCUUGGUAAUCCCCUUAGUGGGCAGGGCAUGUGUACCCCCGGAAAUAGAGUUGGACGAAGAGGAAAGAGGCCUUCCCAGGCCCAACCCGGAACACCAUUGCGCCUGUGCCUGUGUCUCUGACUGCGACUGUCCACGUCCGUCCAACCUCUCCUCUGCCUCAGGUUUCUUCUUCAUCCACUGCGCGAAAAUCGACAGCUGGAUUUCCCUAAUAACUGCCUGUUGGAUAGAUCGUUCCCCGAGACUCAUGUCGUAGCUCUUCUUCGCAAUAUACGUGCAGAUUGCCUUGCCAUCGCCUUCAAGGUCAAGAUGAAUAGGGGGCAGAAAUACGGAUGCAUUUGUAGCUGCAGGUUUUGCAGCGGAGGCAUUGUCGCAAGGGGCGGUAGUAGUGGCUAGGCGAGAGCGUAAGUCGUGGAUAUAUUUGUACGCCAGCACAUCGGUUUCAGAACUGGAGUAGGGGAAGAAUGGGAUUAUGGCAUCGACGUGGCAAGUUAGGGAGGACUGUAUAAUUUCGUUUUCUUUAGUUAAGGCUAUAUAUAGCUUUUCAUUAUUCGCUGACAAAGGGAGUUUAGUUGAAUGUGUCUAAACAUACACCAUAGCUUUUUAUGAGGUCCUUUUUCAGCGCUUUGUCUAGUUCGUUCCAGGGCGCUGAGUGUAAUUCGCUCUUGGAGGUGUUUCUUAGAUAUCUUGCGUAAAAAUCGAGUAUUGUGCUCUCACCGUCGGUUACAGAGAGAAUACAGAUGGUUCUCGAGUUAUCGGAGAUGCUACUGUUAGUUUUAUCCCGGUCGGUUUCUGGAGUGACUCGAAAAAAAAGAAGUUAGUUUGGCAUAGCUCG